ACCAUAAAUACAUACUGAAACGCGCUCCGAAAGACUUUCUAUUCUCUCCUUCAAAAAACAUGGAACUUUCUUUAUAGUUUUUGUGUUUUUUGGAGUGUGCUAAGGUGCCCGGUGCGCCACCUGAGAUAUGUCGACGGUGGGAACAGUUACAUCAACGGUUAUCAGAAUCUCGAGGUACAGGACGGACAACUAGGAGGUUUAAGGUGGGGGAAUUUUAGACGGUGGAGAUUGGAUAUCCUUCGGACCCACGCCUAGAAAUGGACGGCCAAAAAAGUCAAGCCAAGCUCACUAGAAAUCAUUCGUCUCUUCUCCGUUCAUUACCCACUGUCCGAUCGUCCAUCCACAGCCUAACUUCCGUAGCACAGAAGGACCUUAUCAAACCGGAGCUGCAGCAGCUACAGCCGCAAAAGCAAGAAUUAGACUGGAAAAUAGGAGAAGAGAAAAGAAAGCCACACCGGUCAGGUUCAACUCCGAGAAGGACCAGUUCGGUCCGGUUCACACCUGUUCUCACUGUGGUUUCAAUUUCUUUCUUUAGUCUCUUUUCAGUCUCCUUAUUUUUCUUCUUUUAUUUGAGAAGAGAAGAGAUACCCACGUCAGAGAAUCUUUUAUUAGGUCUGAUUUUCAUUGCUAUAAUCCUUUUCUUUGCAAGCAAGAACAAGAACUUAAUCAACCAGAAUUUGACCGUAAUCAAGCAAUUGUGGGAAGAAAACACGAAAAAACUCGGUGUUUCCACUUCAAGAACCAAAUCGAAGCCGGUUCAAUGGUUUAUUGGUGAGUCAAAUGCUGAUAGCAGCAGCAAAAUCGAGAAGGAGAAGAGGAUAAUAAGAGAAGGAGUGGAGUUCUAUAGCAAUGGGGAUUUCUAUGAAGGGGAAUUUCACAAAGGGAAAUGCAAUGGCAGUGGGGUUUAUAACUACUUUGUCAAUGGGAGAUAUGAGGGUGAUUGGAUUGAUGGGAGAUAUGAUGGGUACGGGAUAGAGAGCUGGGCAAGAGGGAGUAGAUAUAAAGGGCAUUAUAGACAAGGUCAAAGGCAUGGAUAUGGGGUUUAUAAGUUUUACACACGGGAUUCUUAUGCUGGCGAAUGGUGCAAUGGCCAGAGCCAUGGUGUUGGCUUGCAGACUUGUUCCGAUGGAAGCUGCUACUUGGGUGAAUUCAAGCGUGGCGUCAAGCAUGGACUUGGGGUUUACCAUUUCAGAAAUGGAGAUAGAUAUGCUGGUGAAUAUUUUGGAGACAAAAUCCAUGGCUUUGGUGUUUAUCACUUUGCCAAUGGCCACUGCUACGAAGGGUCAUGGCAUGAAGGCCGGAAGCAAGGUUAUGGCAUGUAUACUUUCAGAAAUGGUGAUGCAAAAUGUGGUGAAUGGGAUCAUGGCAUCCUUAAGACCCCUAUGCCUCUACUGACUGAUUGUGUCCUCAGAGCUGUUCAGGCUGCUAGAAAAACAGCUGAAAGUGCGAUUGUCCUUCGACGGGUGGAUGAACUAGUUAACACGGCAGUUGAGGCUGCAAAUAGAGCUGCCACUGCUGCUAGAGUUGUUGCUGUAAAAGCUGUUCAAAACCGAAUGGAUGGCAAAUUUUGUGAUACAAAUGUGUAAGAGAUUUCAGCUUUUCUCUGGAAAGUGUAAAUUUUUCUUCUUUUACUAAUUUUUAUGUACUUGGAUGACAGUGGCCCGAUGAGCAAAAGCUCGUCAGAGGUCUGAGAGUGUUUGAGGCCUCAUUUAUCACACUGUAACUUGUAAAUACACCCUUGUAUAUCAAUGGAAGAGGCUACUUUGUCAA